UGGGUAUUCUUUUCCUGCAUCGGCUACGCGUCUCCAGUGAUGGAAGACUGCUUCGUCAGUUCUUGCUGGAUUAGUGAACGGAGUCCAUUUCCAAGACCUUACUUUUUUCAUACCAAGUUUGGCUUUCAUUUGUUUGUAACCUUUACCAGUGUCUGUAGGAAACAAUGGUGGAACAUCAUUGUUAUCCUUGCACAAAAGAGCAAACACCUCUCGGUGCAUUCCUUCAGGUCUCUUAGGCACUUUGUAAUCAUAUUUCUUUUUUAUUCUUUUGUCACUUCCAAUGAUGGACUCUUUAGUGAGUUCAUUCGCAGCUGGUGCCUCUAUGUCCAAAAUAUCUCGUACGUCCGUCAUGGUUUUGAAUAUAUGUAUUAACUUUUUGUGUUAUGGACGGAUACCUAAGGUUAUUUUACUGCACGCCUAACAAGUACUCAAUAACAAUUUUUUAUUAAAACAUGCAUUUUUAAUGACACUUUAAUACCUCUUCUUUAAAUGCCGUCAUAUCAGACCUCCGAAUUAAACAAAACACGUUAAACUUUUUCAAUUCACUGUAAACACUUAAAAUUAGUUUCAAUCGUUGUCGAUAGUUGAUCUUGCUCUUUGUAAUAGAACACCACUCUCGCGGUGGCUCAAAUUUGACUGAUUAAUCUAACCUCUAAAACAUAACAACUUGUUAAAGCCGCAACAAGCUAUAUGGAUCUCAGGAACCCGGAACAAACGUAAUAUAUAAUGCGAAUAAAAUAAGACUUAAGGAACGCAAGGCAGUUCACCGAGGGGGUUGCAGCCAAUCGUGAAUGAGUCCUACGUUGUUAACGUCAACAAAGGGUAUUUUGGAAAUAAAUUUUAAAAAUAAUGUCAUUUGUUGCAUUGACCUUUUAUUGCAUUCGUUUAUAACAAAUCGAAAAAUUUUGUUUUACCUACUUGCUCGUAUAAAUAAUUAAUUAAUACACUGAAAUAAAGAUAUUUCUAUAAAUCUUAAUCAACUAUUGCUAUGUUAAUUCUAUGUAAUUUAUGGAAAUUUUCGCACCAGCUUGACGAGUAUGUACUUUUUAUAAUGUAAAAGGUUCUCUUCAAUUGUGCUAUUAUACUUACUUUUUAUCAGUGAUCAUGUCUGAAUUUUGAAACCUAUUCAAAUGGCAUCACACAACCAUAGUUUUUUAUCAGAUGACAAUCUUUUUAAAGAAUAUUGUAUUGGAGAUUUGACGAACUACAAACACAAUCAGAUAGCACUUCGUUGGAGAACUGAAAAAGAAGUCUUAUCUGGCAAAGGCGAAUCGAUAUGCGGUAAUAGAAAGUGUACUGACACGGAAAAUCUCAAAUCCUGGGAAGUCAAUUUCAAGUAUGUCGAGAACGGAAAAACUAACAACACGUUAGUGAAAUUAAGGCUUUGUGAAGUAUGUUCCGUGAAAUUAAAUUACACAAGAAGAUCAAAGUCUCACAAAAAAGGAAAUUACGAUGGCGAUUCGAAAACGGGAAAGCAAGAUCAAUCUAAGGAUUUAGCGUCGAGUGCGAAAAAUUCUAACGACGAUGUAGAGUCUAAAAAGGACAGUGAAUCUGAUUUAUGGAAAAAUCAAAAUUUCCAAGAAAUCGAGAUAAAUUUUGAUAACAAAAUUGAUGCUUACCUACAUGACUUGUUUUGAAAACAAGAUUCAUAGAAUUUUCGAAAAAAUUUUAGACAAAGGUUUCUAACUUAUGUAUAUAAUAUUUACGCUGUCUGACGCUGAAUCAACUAAUUUAUAACAUAAGCGUCUAAAAAAGUUAAUGCAUUAAUUUGUAAAAUAUCGAUAACAUAACUAUUUAAUAAUAAAAGCUAAAUUGAAAAAAAA